CUCCCACGCCACCCCACUCUGCCUACCCUACUUCUAGUCCACCCCACCCCCAACUUCUUCAUUCAUAUAUUAUACCAUCUUCUUCUAUUUUCUUGAUAUCAAACUUUUCUCUCUCAAUCAAUCAAACAUCAUUAGAAAACCAGAAAAAGUGUACCAGAAAAAAUCUCUGUUUCUUGAAUUACUGCACAGUUUUCAAGAAAGUCUUGAAUCAUGGGUCGCUCGCCUUGCUGUGAAAAAGCUCAUACAAACAAAGGCGCUUGGACUAAAGAAGAAGACCAAAGACUCAUCAAUUACAUCCGUUUACAUGGUGAAGGCUGCUGGCGUUCCCUCCCCAAAGCCGCAGGGCUGCUGAGGUGUGGGAAAAGUUGCAGAUUGAGGUGGAUAAAUUACCUAAGGCCUGAUCUCAAGAGAGGGAAUUUUACUGAAGAAGAAGAUGAUAUCAUAAUCAAACUUCAUAGUCUGCUUGGAAACAAAUGGUCUUUGAUAGCAGGAAGACUGCCAGGGAGGACUGAUAAUGAGAUCAAGAAUUAUUGGAAUACCCACAUUAAACGCAAGCUUAUUAGCCGUGGCAUUGACCCUCAAACUCACUGUCCACUCCACGGCGGCGCCACCACUGAUACCACCAAGGAUUCGGCCACUUCGACCCUGAAAACCACGGCGAAUAUAUCUUUGGACUUCAGCAACCCAGCACAAUUAUCAGAAAAGUCCACUUUGUUGAUCAAUGAGUCCGAUAACAAGUGCAUGCCUCCAACAGACUCUUCUAACGACACCAAAUGCAGCAGCGGCACCACCUCGGAGGCUCCGCCACCGCCGGAGAAAAACAUUAUACAUGCGAAUGCAAUUGACCUUGAACUUUCCAUAGGACUUCCUUCUCAAUCAAAGUACAAAAAGACAGCUUCUUUCAACUCAUCUGCAGAGUCUAAGCUUUUCUUUGAUUUCUUGCAACCGGCGGCGACACCAUCUCCAGCGGUGCCGCUGGCAGGGCCAAUGAUGUUUUCUUGUUGUCCCUUAGGAUUUCAGAAAGGUCAGUUAUGUAGUAAUUGCGAAGGUAGAAUUGGUCUAUACAGAUAUUGUUGACCAUUGGAUCAGUAGAUUUUCGGUGUAGAUAUUAAUGCAUCUAUUUAAUGCAAGUCUUCCUAUAUAAUUAUUAGCC